AUUGAAGUUUAUUCAUAACUACGCUAGCUAACGUCAUUAAAAAAUAUAGUUUAUUUAUGCAAAGUAAAAAAAAAAUUUAAAAAAAAAAAUCUGUAUAUAAAGAUAAGCUCUCUUCUUUUAAGUCUGAGAAUCGUCAUAUGCUCUGUAUCUUUCUUAUCUAUUUACCUGACCUUAAUGAAGUUAGUUGAGCGGCGCUUCAGAAUUCAGAAAGAAACCAUCUAAAAUCUAAAUUAAUAAUAAUUUUCAAUUUUGAUUAAAGUAGACCACACUGUGAUGGAGCAUGUUUAAUUCAAGAUAAAUGGUUUUGAGGAGCAGCAUAAAAUAACAAUUUUCUUACCUAGAAUUUUUAAUAACUAAACAAUUCGUAAAUACUAAUAAUAUUACUAUUAGUAAUAUGGAACAAGUCAGUGGCAAGUGGUCAUUGGUUUUAGCUGUUAUAUUUUUAUUAGUUUCUAUUGCAACUUAUUACAAAGUAAACUAUUUGACAACCUUAAACCUGAAUAUAUGCCUAGUGCCUUUCAUGGAAAGAAUUUUACCAUCAUGCAGAAUAAAUUCUAUAUUACCUAAUUAUUCAGAAAUUGAAACAUAUAAUUUAUGUAUGCUACAAAAUCAAAAAGAGGAAGCUAGAAAAUUAGAAGGUUUUUUUCAACAUGGAUUUAAUGAGUAUGUGAGUGAAAAAAUUGGUUUGGUUCGCGCUGUUCCUAAUGUUAAACAUCCAGCCUGUUUUAAAAAAGUUUACUCAGAGACACUACCUACUGCAAGUAUUGUAAUGUGUUUCUACAAUGAAGCUUGGUCAACACUACUGCGUAGUGUUCACAGUGUUAUUUCACAAACUCCUUCAAGACUUUUAAAAGAAAUUAUUCUUGUUGAUGAUAAUAGCUCUUUAGAUCAUCUUAAGGAAGACCUAGAAGCAUACAUAGAUCAGAAUUUUACCAAUGUAAAGUUGAUUAGAAGCAAAGAACGACUUGGAUUGAUUCGAGCUAGAAUGGAAGGAGCAAAACAUGCAACUGGUGAGAUUCUAGUCUUUCUUGACAGUCACAUAGAGGCAGGGGAUGGGUGGCUUGAACCUUUGUUGGAUAGAAUAGCUAAAGACAGAACAACUGUUGUUGUUCCUGUAGUGGACACUAUAGAGGCAGAGACCAUGAUCUACAGAAGUGCUGACAUCAUGAGAGGAGGCUUUACCUGGUCUCUGAUGCACAACUGGGAACCUCUACCACUUAAAGAUUCAUUGGAUGUUCAAAAAAAUGCCAAUCCUUUUCUCUCUCCAACAAUGCCAGGUGGGCUGUUUGCCAUGGAAAGAAAUUAUUUUUAUGAGUUAGGUGAAUAUGACUCUGAGAUGGAGAUCUGGGGUGGUGAAAAUAUGGAGAUAUCAUUCAGGAUUUGGCAGUGUGGUGGAAGACUUGAGAUUGUACCUUGUUCAAGAGUAGCCCAUGUAUUUCGGCAGUUUCGUCCUUAUGCUGCUCCAGAUGGGAAGGACACUGCCACAGUAAACUCUGCAAGAGUUGCUGAAGUUUGGUUAGAUGAGUACAAGAAACAUUUUUAUGAUCUGCGUCCUUUGGCUAAAAGCAUGGAUAUUGGGAAUAUUGAUAGCCGUGUAGAACUGAGGAAAAGAUUGAAUUGUAAAUCAUUUAAAUGGUUUUUAGAAAAUAUUCACCCUGAACAGUUUGUUCCAGGAGAAAAAGCUAAAGUUCCUAACACUUUAGGACUUAAAAAAGAUCUUCCUGAAAGUAAAGUUAAACUCCAAGGAGAUCUGAUACACACGCCAUCAGGACUUUGUAUCAGGCCACAGUCAGAUCCACCUGCCAAGGAAGAUUUUUUGCUUUUAACAUCAUGUCACAAUAUUAAAAAAUUGGUACCAGAUUUUCUAGUAACUGAAGAUUAUCAAAUCAAGCUGCGAGGAACAAGGUUUUGUUUAGAGACAAAAGAAACCAAAACUGAGUCCACUUCCGUGAAUGUCAUGAAGUGCCAUUCCAGUGGUGGAGCACAGACCUGGAUACAGAAACAGGAUCCAAACAACACUGAAUCUUUUCUUCUCUUUAACCCUGCUAGUGGAAAGUGUUUAUCUGCACCUAUUGCGCAAAAAGAAGAGAGGCUAAAAAUGAAACUUUGCUCUUAUACAAGUGCACAGUUAUUUACAGUUCAAUCUAGAUAAAUAUUAUAACAUAACAAUAUGCAGGCUGCCAAAGAAAUGCAACCAUAUAUUGUUGGUUAAACAAUGUUAUGUUAAGUCUUGAGAAGUUUAUUUAAUUUCUUUUGUCAAGUUUUGAUUUUUUUAAAGAAUAAAAUAUUAAAAUUGUUUUUGUAAAAAAGAGCACUAUUCGUAGAAUAUUUCACCUAAAUUAAAUCUGGAUAAUUUUUUCAAGAAGUUGUAUAUCAUUAUUUUAAAUAAUUUAUACAUUUUAAAACUAUUAUUUUUAAUGUUUUUAUCAUUAUACUUAACUUAUGACAUUCCUAACUACAUUUUGAACUACAUUAGUCUGACUGAUCUUAGAUUUCAUUUGUUGUUUUUGUAGAUUAAUUUAAAUCCCCAACAUCUCUUUUCUCUAUACAAAAAGAAAGCUUAAGUGUUUUUUAGACUGUAGGUUGCUAAUAUAAUACUUUAUUAUUGACAACAGGUAUGCAUGGUAAAUUUAAAUAAUGUGUUUUUAUACCUAUCACUUUAUUUUUGUGUUUUAUUUAAAUACUUUAUAUUGUAAGAACAUUAUGCUAGCCACUUUAGAAAAAGUGCUGCUGUGUGAUAUAUACCUAGUGAUGGAAUAAGAUUUGAUCACCAGUUAUUGUGGGGUUCUGAUUUCCCUGUAGAAUGUUAAGUUCACAAUUAUAAUAUAACUUAUUUUAUUUUUUUUUAUGCUUGACUUUCUUUGGGUGUUAAUUUACCCAUUGCUUAUGAACCUUCUUUUUAGUUUUUUUUUAUAAUUGAUGGAGCAGUUUUUAUUUUAUGGUAGUAAAAGGAGAUGAACUAAAGUUCAUUGGGUUUAGGGACUAAACACAAAUCCAAAUAAUGUUAAAAUUUUGUUUGGGAGUUUACGUGAGAGGGCAAGAAUUACAUGGCAGGGUUGGUUACAUUAUGCUGGUUGUUACGUGGCAUGAUUAUAAUGUGGCUGUUAAACCUCUUAGGUGGUGUGACUGAAAUAAGCAAUGGUGAUAAAUACUUAUUUAGUGUUGUUUUUUUGCAAACUUAUGAGAUUAAUUUAAUGUUCUGUAAGUAUACAAUCAAAAGCUAUCGACCAUUUAUACAAUGUUGCCUCAAACUUAACACUUUUAUAUAAUUGCUAAUAGUUAAAUUUAAUUUAACAAAUAUGUAAACUUGCAGAUGAAUAGAUCUGCUGAAAUGUAAAAAAAAUGUUUUCUAACAGUUUGUACAUUAUUUCUGUUAGUUAUCUAAUGGCUCAGAGUUACACUUUCAAGCAUUAUAUUAAAAAAAUGAUUACCAUUGUGAUAUGUUCGAAAAAGAUUAUUUUGAUAUUUGUUAUACUUCAUAAUAAUUUAAAAAUGGAACUGCAUUUGAAUGAAAGCUUUAAUGUGUAAUUAAAUUUUUGACUGUUUUUUAAAUUUCUUUUCAUUUAAAGCAAUUUAAAAAAAUUUAAUAGUUUGAGAGACUUUUGUAAAUUAUUUGACCAGAAAAUAUUCUUCCAUUAAAAAAAUGUAAUCAUUAUACUUAAAACAAUACAUUUUAUAUUUUAUGAACACAUUUUAGCAAAUAAAAUAUUUAUGAAUUUGUUUUUUACUUGGCCUGAUACAUUAUUUGGUAGAAUUUUCAAUGAAUUUGAAUUGUCAAAAUACACAUAUUAAAUGUAUUAUUUGAUUAUAUUAAUACAUCAAGCUCAUUUACUGUGUAAAAAAUUUUCAUUAAUUUUUUUAAAGGCAAUAAACAUUUUUCUAGUCAUUGUUUAGCUUUACAAUUUAGUAAAAGCAUUAUACAUAUUGUUAUUGUACAAUGUAUUUAAUACAGUUUAUAUUAUUAUAUUUAAUGGUUUACUAGCACACCAGGGUAUUGACAUUAAAAAAUGAUCUUUUCACUGUGCUUUUGUUAACAAGUACAUACAUUUUUUAAAACUGUUAAUUUAAUUUUUUUAAAAUCAUUUUGGUUAUAUAUUUAUAUUUUUGAUUUUUGCAUAGACUUUCAAAAUAUUUCUUAUUGUGCAUAAGUAUAUGUUAAAUUAAAUAAAUUAAUUCACUUCUUAUCCCUACAUUCUCACAUCAAUUCCCCUAUUUCAGAAAUAACUACCACCACAACUCUCUUUUGAUAGUCUUUUGAUGUGUCUCUUGAGUUUAGUCAGAUAAGUCGAGGGUGGUUGGCCAUUUUGCUAACCAGUCUAUUCAUUUACAGCAUUAGUUUUAGAAAAAGCCAAACUCUCAUCAGCAUUGUUUACUUUUAUAAUUGAAUAAUGGAACAUUUUGUUUCUGAUAAGGAUGUAUGAUGAUGAUGAUGAUGAGUACUUGUUUAUUUAACUAUUUUGGGGUGUGGUAUUUUAUAAUCACUAUUUGAUUUGAUGAAAAUGUAUAAUAAACAAUCUUUUAAUACA